CAUAGUACGCAACUACUCAUGGAGCUUUUGGUGACAGAUACUGAUUCCUCUAGUACCGAGGAAUUGAAAUGCAAUGAAGCUUUUAGUGGGUAAUAAUAAAGCUGAAAUUCCAUAACCUGUGUUCUUCGUACCACGGAAGAGAAGCCCCAGCUUUUCCUACCAGAGGCGCCAAUAAGGCAGCAUUCAGUGGGUGUCUCAGAUUACAAGAUCGUUACUCCGGCUACCGGAGUGGCAAUAAAAAAUGGAAGGCUCCGGCGGCUGUGUCCAAAUCGUGUCCAGGCGUUUGGUCCGGCCAGAGUCGGCAAGCUCGCCGGAUGGUGUGCCGUCGGAGCUGGAGGUCAUGCACUUGACGCCGUGGGAUCUCUCGAUGAUCACGGUAGACCACAUCCAGAAAGGGAUCCUCCUGCCCAAGCCCGGUACAGGAGGCGCACACGUCGUCGACGACCUUGCUUCAUCCUUCGCGCGCGCCCUGGGCCGCUUCUACCCGUUGGCCGGCCGCCUCACGGCUGCGGGGAUCACCAACGGCGUGUCUGAUCCGGGCCUCGUCGUCUCGCUCUGCUGCAACAAUGAAGGAGCCGAGCUCGUCCACGCGGUUGCGCCUGGGGUCACUGUGAGUGACAUCACCACCCCACUGUACAUCCCGUCGGUGGUGCGGUCCUUCUUCCCGUUGACCGGGCUGCUGAACGUGGACGCGAUCGUGGACUCCCGCCCUGUGCUGGCCGCGCAGGUCACCGAGCUCGCAGACGGCAUCUUCAUUGCCAUGUCUCUCAACCAUGGCAUCGCCGACGGGACCACAUUCUGGCACUUCUUCAACACUUGGUCGGAGAUCAACCGCAGCAGCGGUGGCAGUGAAGGCUACAAGCUCUCCACGCCACCGCCGGUGCUCGGCAGGUGGUUCCUCGACACCUGCCCAGUGCCGAUCCCUCUACCCUUCGGCAAGUUGGAGGACAUCAUCCGGCGGCCCGAGUACACGCCGGUGCAGGAGUGUUUCUUCCAUUUCUCUGCAGAGAGUGUAAAGAAGCUGAAGGCGAAGGCAAACGCGGAGAUGGCCGGCACAGCGACAGCCACCAUCUCCUCGUUGCAGUCCCUGCUCGCGCACCUGUGGCGAGCGGUGUGUCGAGCCCGGGGGCAUUCGCCAGACCGGGAGACCAUGUACAUUCUUCUCAUCGGAUGCCGAGCACGGGUGACCGGUAUACCACAGGAUUACAUGGGCAACUCUGUGAUAGCCCACGUCGCUAAGUCCAUCGUCGGCGAUGUCCUGGACAGGGGGCUGGGCUGGGCGGCGUGGCUUCUGAACCGCGCCGUGGCGUCGUUCGACGAGGCGAGGGUGCGGGAUGGUCUCACGUCUUGGUCCCAGAAGCCCAGCCUGUUGUACGCGGAGCCGUCCAGGGACUCCACGAAGAUCUUGACCGUGAGCUCGCCGCGGUUCGACGUGUACGGCAACGACUUCGGGUGGGGCCGGCCGGUGGCCGUCCGGAGCAGCGCCGGGAACAAGGUGGACGGGAAGGUGACCGUGUUCGAGGGGCGAGGCGGCGGAGGUGGCAUGGCGCUGGAGGUGUGCCUGUCUCCCGAGGCGCUCGCCAGGCUCGUCGCCGACAAUGAGUUCAUGGAGGCGGUGAGCGCGGCGUGAAGUUGGUCCCUGUCGUCGUUGAUUCGGCGAUGGCUGCUGCUGUACCGAGCGCCACUUCUGCGUUGGAAAGACUACUGCAUCUCGCUUGAUCCGAUGCAUGAUGAGUGUACCAGAUUCUUUUGCCGUUCUUGCAACGAUGAUCUUUGUGUUGACGCAGCUUGCGAAUUGUCCUUUUUUCCCGGGUUAAUGUUAACCAGAUGGAGAUCUAGUUAACACUCAAUCCACUCACUACCUCUUCUUUUCCCUACUAGCUAGCUAGCCAGCUCUUCCUCCCCCCAUUUUCUAAAUAAAAAA